ACUAGAUUCGCUGGACCCUUUCCUUUCCCUAAACAAGAUCAGCGAAUACUAACGGAAUCGACGGCUCACUAUUAAAUUACGGUAAUACUAAUUCUGCAGUUAAGAUUUCUGUCCUCUCUCUCCAACACAGCCGGCAGCCCUGUUCAGACGCCUCGACAGAAUUCUCGUGGCACAAGUGUGUGUUUUGCGUGAAAGAAUGGAGCUCAAUGGGUGGGAAAUGUGGGUGGGAGAAGCCAUUGCCAAACUCCACUCCCUUCAAAUUUUACGCUCUCUCAGACCCAUUCUCCAAUCCGCCUCCAUUCCCAACCCCGACCACCAAUUUCAAGUUUUUGACGCUCCCAACCAAUGGGACAGAGCUUCUGUUGAACUCCUAAUUUCUCAAUCCACUUUCCAAAAAUGGCUCCACAACCUCCCCAGUUCAGGGGACGAUAACGAUGUGGUGUGUGAAAAUGGGAAAGCGGCUGAUAAAGCAGAUGGGGAGUUUAAGAAGUUAAUUGUCUUCUCCGGAAAUGAUUACUUGGGAUUGAGUUCGCAUCCCAUGGUUAGGGAUGCUGCAAUCAAGGCAGCUCAAGAACAUGGAAUGGGUCCUAGAGGCUCUGCUUUGAUCUGUGGAUACACUAGUUACCAUAGGCUACUUGAAUCAUCGCUCGCCAAUCUGAAGCGAAAAGAGGAUUGCCUUCUUUGUCCAACAGGCUUCUCAGCCAACAUGGCCUUCAUGACAGCAGUUGGAAAUAUUGGUAGGCUUAUGGCUGGUCGCAAACCAUCAAAAGAUGAGCGAAUUGCUAUAUUUUCUGAUUCCCUAAAUCAUGCAUCGAUUAUUGAUGGUAUUCGCCUCGCUGAGAAACAAGGAAAUGCUGUGGCAUUUGUCUACAGGCACUGCGAUAUGUACCAUCUCGAUGAAUUAUUGUCAAAUUGUCCAAUGGAGAAAAAAGUUGUAGUAACUGAUAGUCUGUUUAGCAUGGAUGGAGACUUUGCACCCAUGGUUGAGCUGGCAAAGCUCCGUAAGAAGCAUGGAUUUCUGUUUGUAAUUGAUGAUGCCCAUUCUACCUUCGUUUGCGGACAAAAUGGUGGUGGUGCAGCUGAAAUGUUUGACUGUGAAGAUGCCGUUGAUAUUUCCAUAGGCACUUUGAGUAAAGCUGCGGGUUGCCAUGGUGGAUUCAUUGCGUGCAGUAAGAAAUGGAAGUUGCUCAUCCAAUCUACUGGUCGUGCUUUUAUAUUUUCAACUUCUACGCCAGUGCCGGUUGCUGCUGCUGCCCAUGCUUCGGUCAUUGUUGCGAAGAAGGAAGCAUGGCGUAGGACUGCUAUCCAGCAACGGGUGCAAGAGUUCCGUGUUUUGACAGGAUUUCCUGUAGAAAGUCACAUCAUUUCCUUUGUUGUGGGGAGUGAAGAAAAGGCCCUGAAAGCAAGCAGGCAUCUUUUGAAAUCAGGUUUUCACAUAACGGCAAUCAGACCUCCAACAGUAGCGCCAAACUCGUGCAGAUUAAGAAUAACUCUGAGCGCUGCUCACACAACGGAUGACUUGACGAAGCUGAGGAACGCACUUGCCGAGUGCGUUGAUCUAAACCAGAUCCAGCUAUUUACUUGCUCCAAACUUUAAUCUGCCUUUAGCUACAACACUUUUAUUUCAUGUCUUGCCUUCUACUGAUUAUUUGUGUUUCAUUUUGGUGACUGGGUAACUCUAGUGCACUUGGAUAGUAUAAUAGUAAGGCAUACAGAAAACUAAGAAAAGUCACGCUUACUAGAAAUCUCUAUGUCAUUCAAGAAAUUAGUCAUCUUGAAUGGAAUAGAGAGAUUAAUUAUUGUUGACUUUAUUCUUA